AUGGGUGGUGAGUUCUUUGACGACCAGGAGAACCUUCGUGAGCCAGGUGAGAAUCCGCCGUACCAUGCAAGUGAGAUCUACAGGGCGGAUGCUCGGGACGUUCUGGGCAAGCUGACGUCCGAAGGGCUCAGCUAUAGCAUGCCUGAACUUCAAAAACAAGCCAAAGUCUCCCGACUGCACAGCUUCGGCUUGACCAUGUGGCUCCAAGAGUGCUACUUAGCCGCUCUGGGUGACCCGUACUUGAAGACCAUUCCAGAGGUUGGCGUACCCCAGGCCUGCGAACACUAUGCCACAGAGUUUGCAGCUUUCCUGCGAACGGGCGAGGACUUCGUUGGGGACUUGUUCGUUCCCAAGAUAGGCUUAGCGGAAGUCCACACCUUUAAGCAGGCUGGCGAGGUGCAGCAGCUCUUGGAGGUUGUGCAGGAGGACGUUCGUCGCCUCCUGGAGCGCCCUGAUUGGGUUGGCAAGGGCUCCGAGCACGUCGAUGCAGUCUUGGCCGUGGCAGAUCCCUCGGGGGAGGACGAUCCGUUGGUCUGGAUCUCCCCAGGCUUCGAAGAGCAGACGGGCUACCAGCGCAAGUGGGUGUUGGGGCGCAACUGCCGCUUUUUGCAGCCCAAAGACCACCACCGCAACGAGCAAUUCAACGGGGACCAGCUCAACAAGCUCCGCCAGUUCUGCCAGGAUGCCAGGAAGAGCCGCCGGCCGACGCACACCCACACGUUCGCCCUGCUGCUGAAUGAGCGGAGGAACAGCUCGGCUUUCUGGAACCUCAGCAGCUUCCUCCACGUGGAGGUCAACGGAAAGCCCUUCAUUGUGUCGGUGAUGCUGCCUUUCCGAGAGGAGAAGGUAAGACUCGCGGAGCUUAUGAGCUUGGAUCCUCAGGCGCUGGCCCAGCAGAAGCGACUUCGGAGCUUGUUGGCCCGCCACGAGGGUGGAGCCAAGUUUACCAGCCUCCAGGCAGUCGUUCGGCAGCUCUACUCCGUGUUCUUCGAUGACUUCCCCAGAGUGCUUCAGGCCCCAUCGCUGCCUGCACCAAGUGGCCCUGUGACGGCGAUGCCCAUCUUCGGGCUGGAAGUGGGGGCAAACAACGCGCAGGCCAUGGCUGCUUCCUUGAAGGCUGGGCUACGCCAUGUGCACAUCGUCCUGCCGAGUGGUCCCACGACGAAGGCAACCGAUGGGAGCGCCUUCGUCCGGAAGAUCCUCCCUCUGAAGCUGGCCAUGUCAGCAAUACGAAGCAAAAAUUAG